UUACAUUUGGCAGUUAGAGUCUGUCAAUUCAGGAGAGGCAUCAGAAAGUUCAACCAGAAGGAACCAAGAAGUACCUCUAACUGAAGGAACUAAGCAAAUAGUAACUGUGGAGAACAAACCCAAUAGUCAUGAAGCUAAGCGUUGCCCUGUUCUUUGCCGGCUUCUUUGGUGCUUUGGGAGCUGUGUUCUUCUUGCUGUCUUUUGGAACGGAUUAUUGGCUUUUGGCUACUGAAACAUGUUCACCAGAAAACAAUGGAAGCAAAACCGUAAAUGCUGUUCCACUUGAGCGUGGCGAUAUGGUCACAUCUCCAAAGAAAACAGAUACCACUUAUCAUCAUGAGGGCUUCUUCUGGAGGUGCUGGUUUGGUGGGAAACUUGCAGAGGACAAUAUAUGGAAGUUUUGGUUCACCAACCAGCCACCUUCCAAGUUGUGUAUGCACUCAUACCUGUUUCCGUUCCCGGUAACAACCCCGGUUCACAACUCCACUUCCUAUGACACUGCAGUCAUCUACCGCGGGUUCUGGAGUGUGUUCAUGCUUGUCGGAGUAGCCGCUGUUGUGAUGGCAGGCUUCAUAAUCAUCUGUGCAGCUCCCUUUGCCAGUCAUAAACUUUACAAAGCAGGGGGAGGACUGUUUCUAAUUGCUAGUGUGUUCUUCUUAGCAGUAGUUGUCAUGUAUGUCAUCUGGGUCCAAGUAUUAAACACAAUGACUGAAUACAAACAGCAACAAAAAACAGCACUCUGUCCGGACUUUCAAAUCAACAUUAGAUAUGGCUGGUCCUUCAUGCUGGCUCCUGUGGGGAUAUUCUUUUCUUUACUGGCUGGAAUGCUUUUCCUGUUAAUAGGACGUACUGUUCAGAUGCACUACAACUAACAAGGAUGCUCCGGAAGCAGUGUAUGGAUGACAAAACUGCGGAUGUAUAUCGUGUAAAAUAGACUGUUAGAUUUCAUUCAUUUACAUUUUGCCAAGAGCAUUGUUACAGAAGUCAUUGUUAAUUACAGUAAAUUUUCCAAAGUUUCUUUUCAUACUGUACACCAGCACCUAGCUGUAUUUUUAUUCAUGCGUCUAGAAUGAUUGGAUUCAUUAUAUUCCUUUUACUUACUAUGGUCUGGAAUUUUGAGACCAUAAUUCAUGAAACACAAAUGGACAAGUCUAAGAUAAAAAUAUAUUAAACAUGUUUUAAUCAGUUGAAUUUGUUUAUACAUUCUUUUACUGAAUUGUGUUCUGGAGGUUUACUUCAAUGUGUAAAUGAUUAAUUUUUACCAAAGGUACAAAAUACCCUUGCUAAAAAUGCCUAAAAUACCUUAAAUUAAAUAUUGGGUUUGUUUAUAUCUAGCAAGUAUUUUUCUACUUGAGUAAUGCACAUUUAAACAUUUAGAAUUUAAAAUAACCCUGCAGGUAAAUCUCCAAAAUUCAAGUUACAGUUUAAAUGUCAAUUAAGAUAAAUAUUACAAAUCUAGUAACAAGCUUAUAAGUUUUUGUUAACUGACUAAUGACUUGUUUUAAAGCCUGUUUUGACUGAUUAAAUGAUUGAAAGAUGAUGAUUGAAAGAUCUUAAAUGAAAGAUGAAUAUUUCAAGAUGUUAAAGGAGACAGUCUAGUACAGUUUAUUAGACUUCCUUUAAUUUUUCAAAACAGUCUUUAAACAGGGUUUGAUUUUUAUAAAGCCUGGUCUUGUUAUAAUAAUGCGUCAUGUAUAUAAUCAAUUAAAAGAUUAUUUAAAAUACAUACGUAUUGUAAAUAUGGUCCACUGAAAGUUUCACCAAAAAAUGGUACACUGUAAAAACCUUGAUUCAUCUGUCUCUGUGUCAUGUUAUCUAAUGUUUUUAACAGGAACUUUACAUUUUCUUAUGUGGAAAAUAAUAUAUUUUUUUCAGUUAUACAUAGUACAAUUUUUAAAGCUAAUAUUUAUUCAUCCUUUCCAUUAAUGGCUUGCAUAGCACCUGCGGUGUGACAUUUUUGUAUCCUUGUAAAAGCCUGUAAUAUGUUUGCAUGACGGUCAUCUGUAUUUCCAUGUUGCACUGUCAACAAGAUGCCCCUGUAAAUCAAAUGCUAAGGAGUGUCCUGUAUAAAUGAAAUCAAAUAAAUGAAAAAUAUGCUAA